AGAGAGGAAAAAACGGUUAACAAUAAAUGAAUGAAUGUGAGAGAGAAAGAGAGAGAGAGAGAGAAAACAGAGUGUGUGAGUACACUCUGUACUAAAAAGAGAACCAGCUCAAAUUAUUUGGUUUCUGCUCUGUAAAUUCCCUCUGCAUCUUUUCCUCACAAACUCAAAAUCUUCAACUCAAGCAAAUCAAAUCCAAUACUAUUUCUUCUUUUUCUUCUUUCGUACAAUGUCAGAACUCUACCAUUUUUAACUCUGCAAAAGCAUCGCCUUUUUGCAUUUUCUUCUUACUCACACAACUUCCGCCACCAUGGCUUCAAAAUCUAGACCCAAUCUAUCUGAAAAUCCCAGCAAAGGAUCAAUGGGAACUACUAGAAUCAAUAAAGCUAGCAAAGUAGUGUCCAAAUCAGAAUCCGAGUCACAAUCCCCCUUGCAAAAUUCGCGACUUUCUGUGGAACGAUCUCCACGAUCUGUUAAUUCAAAGCCAACGAUUGAGCGCAAAUCACCAAGACCUUCCGCCACCCCACCUGAUAAACAACCCCCUAGAGCUGCAAAGGGUUCAGAGUUGUUGCAGAACCAAUUGAAUCUUGCUCAAGAAGACCUAAAGAAAGCAAAGGAGCUGCUCAUUCAGGCUGAGAAGGAGAAGCUAAAAGCAAUUGAUGAGUUGAAAGAAGCACAGAGGGUGGCUGAAGAAGCAAAUGACAAACUCAGGGAAGCAUUGGUGGUUCAAAAACGCGCCGAGGAGAAUUCUGAGAUUGAGAGGUUCCGAGCUGUGGAAUUGGAGCAGGCCGGUAUUGAAACUGUGAAGAAGAAGGAAGAAGAAUGGAAGAAGGAGAUUGAAAGUGUAAGGAACCAACAUGCUUUGGACAUGGCUGCUCUUCUCUCCACCACGCAGGAGCUUCAGCGGGUUAAACAAGAACUUGCCAUGACUUGUGAUGCAAAGAACCAGGCAUUGAAUCAUGCCGAUGAUGCAACUAAAAUUGCCGAGAUUCAGGCAGAGAAAGCAGAGUUUUUAUCAGCUGAAUUGUUGCGAUUGAAGGCCUUACUAGAUGCAAAACUGGAAACACAGGCUGGUGAAAAUCAGGUUAUAUUGAAACUGAAAACCGAGAUAGAGGCUCUCAAUGAAGAACUUGAAAAAGCAAAGGGUUACGCUGAUAAGUUGUCAGAGAAAGAAGGUUUUAUUGAACACCUUAAUGUGGAGCUUGAAGCUUCAAAAAUGGCGGAGUCUUAUUCCCGUAGCCUGCUAGAGGAGUGGCAUAAGAAGGUUGAGGAACUGGAAAUGAGAAUUGAAGAAGCAAACAGACUGGAGAGAUCUGCAUCAGAGUCUUUGGAAUCUGUAAUGAAACAGCUAGAAGGAAGCAAUGAUUUGUUGCAUGAAGCAGAAUCUGAAGUUACAACUCUUAAAGAGAAGGUGGGGUUACUAGAAAUGACAAUUGGGAGACACAGAGCUGAUGUUGAGGAUUCAGAACGUCAACUUCGUACGGCCAAGGAAGAAAGUCUUGAGAAGUCAAAGGAAGUUGAGGCUCUGAAAUCUGAAAUUGAGAAGGUUAAGGAAGAGAAAGCUCAGGCUUUGAACGAUGAAAAACUUGCUGCUUCUAGUGUACAGACCUUAUUAGAAGAGAAAAACAAACUUAUCAGUGAGUUGGAAAAUUCUAGGGAUGAAGAAGAAAAGAGUAAAAAGGCAAUGGAAAGCUUAGCUUCUGCAUUACAUGAAGUAUCUACAGAAGCCAGAGAAGCCAAGGAAAAUCUACUAAACAUCCAAGCUGAACGUGAAAGCUAUGAGGCUCAGAUUGAAGAUUUGAAGCUAGUAUUAAAAGCCACUAAUGAAAAAUACGAGUCCCUGCUUGAUGAGGCACGACAUGAGAUCGAUGUUCUUGUAUGUAGCAUUGAAAAUUCAAAGAGUGUCUUUGAGAACUCCAAGGUUGAGUGGGAGCAGAGAGAGCAUCAUCUAGUAAGCUGCAUAAAGAAAAACGAAGAAGAGAAGGUAUCUCUGGAAAAAGAAAUAAAAAGAUUGCUUUAUUUGCUUAAAGAAACCGAGGAAGAAGCUAAUAUAAACAGGGAGGAAGAAGCCCAGUUGAAGGAAAAUCUGAAGGAAGUUGAGGCUGAGGCAAUUCAACUGCAGGAAGCUCUUAAGGAAGCAACAGCUGAGAACAUGAAACUGAAGGAGAAUUUAUUGGAUAAAGAGAAUGAGUUGCAGAGUAUGUUUGAAGAAAAUGAUGAACUUCGGAUGAGGGAAUCUGAAUCAAUGAAGAAGGUGGAGGAGUUAUCUAAGUUGUUGGAAGAAGCUACAACCAUAAACCACACUGAGGAAAACGGGGAUCUUACAGACAGUGAGAAAGACUAUGAUUUGCUUCCUAAAGUAGUUGAAUUUUCUGAAGGGAAUGGCCAUGUAAAAGAGGACAUUUCAAAGGUAGAGCUCUCAGUGAAUCAGGAGGAACUCAAACAAAACAUACCAGAAGAAAGCAUAGACAAAGCUGAAAAUAUUGCAUCUCCCAAACCUGAGGAAGUAGUGAGUGAAAAAGUGAAGGAAGAAGAUGAGACGAAAGAGAAGGAGGAUUCAGUAGAAGGUGAAUUUAAAAUGUGGGAGAGCUGCAAGAUAGAGAAAAAGGAGUUCUCUCCAGAGAGAGAAGCAGAGCCUGAAUCAUUUGAAGAGGAAGUUAACUCAAAGGUAGAAGAAGGUGGUGAGAGUUUUGAUAAGAUAAAUGGAAAUUCAGUGACAGAGAACAUUGAUGAAGGUGGAAGCCCACCACCAAAACAACAACAACAACAAUCCAAGAAGAAGAAAAAGCCUUUACUUGGCAAGUUUGGAAGCCUGUUAAAGAAAAAGGGUGCUGCCAACCAGAAAUAGAACACUGUUCAACUAUGGUAUGGGAUUCAGUUGUUUGAUCAUGUUUGUAUGAUUUUUGCUUCUCAGUAUAGAUUUUUUAUUGGAUCACCAGGCUUGUAAUAUUGUUUAGGAUUUUUCGCUAUUUCUUCUUUUGGAUUGUGGUUAUCCAUGAUAGUGGGAAAUUAUGUGCUAUGCAUAUUAUUCUUUCUGUUA